UCCGGUGUCUCCGCUGAUCUGGUCAGGCCGCCAAGGCCCUCCUGGGCAUCUUUCCGCUACAGCGUUGUCGGCGGGCGGCCCCAGGGGGUGUCAGCGGCCGCAGGGGUCCCGGAUCCCCUCACUCUGCACACUACCUCCCCAUGAACCCUGGCCGAGAGCGGGGCGCGCCAAUCCCAGGAAGACAGACAAGCUCCGUCAAAGGGUGUCUCCGGAGGUGCCGGCGUGAACUCCUCCUUGAGUUCACUGGGACCCCGACCCUCCCACCAUGCUACCCUCCACGGGACGGGAGCAAUCCGGCCUGGGGAGCGCAGUCCUUUUGCCCACUUAACAGGAGAGAGCUGGAGGCGCUAGAAUCCUCCGGCCCCGUCAGUAACUGAACCUGCCCAGGCCCCCUGAGAGUCACGUCCUGAAUCUCCUUGUCUGGCCACCAGUGAGGCGUGGGGAUGGGGAGCACUGCCAGAACCUGGGCCAGGUGGGGUCUGCCAUGGGCAAGCCUGUCCAGCCCCUGCCUAUGGGGAGAGCUGGCCUCAUAAAAAUAGUUUCACUGUUUCCCCAGCUGAAUUUUCCACCCAGCCCAUGAAUGGGGUCAUUAUGCAACAGUGGACACUGCACUGAGGCUUGCUUUCUGCUCCCACAGUCCCCUCCCUGGCCCUGGGGGAGGGGGAGGCAGAGCCUGGCCACUGUGAGUAUGCCUGAAGCAGUUAGGUGCAGCUGCUGCUCCCAGGGCCAGCAUCAAAAGGGUCCUGACUGCAGAGGCCUGGGGCUGGCCCUCUCCGCUCCUCAAGAGUGCCGUGGGGGAGGGCUUGGAGGGACGUGAGGAUGGCACACAGGAGGCAGGAGAGUUGGUGUCUGAACGCGGGGUGGGCUGGGCAGCUGAGUAAGCCAGCAUACUUAUUGCCUACUGCCCUCCCUGGAGAGAAAACCCGGGACAGGGCCAAGUGCGGGCUGGGGUAUCCACUCAGAGGUUGUUUCAGGGGAAGUGCUGCAUAUCGACUAUGAGGCAGGUGCUAAUCAUCAGCCUGGACAGGUCUGGAGAGACCACGUGCCGGACUGCACGGCAAUGUGGGACAACGCUGGGGUUCCAGACCCUUCACCAAGCCCCUGAGUGCCUCUUGGUAUAGGCCACAAGUCAGCGAGGUGACUGAUCACACAACCAUUAACAGAUGCCAGCAGAGGGCAGGCAGCCAUGCUUACCCUUGACCCUGGCCCACCCGGGGCAUCUCAGGCAGGAUCUGGCCCCAGGCCCUGGGCAGAACCCAGAAGGAGUGCCCAUCGUCCCCCAGUCUGCUGCCAGCGUCAUCAUCAGGCCACCCACCACGGGAGAAUGGAGGCACCUGCACAGGAAGGCUCCAGCUUCAAGGCAGGAGCUAUGGCCCAGGCAUCCGGUGGCUCCCCAGAGUCCCACGAUGCCCAGCUGCCACCGCCACCUCAGCCCGAGGACGAGGAGGGCCAAGGGGAGAGGCUCGUGGAGCUGCAUGCCUCCUUCCGGGAGCUGUUCACCUUCUUCUGCACCAACGCCACCGUCCAUGGUGCCAUCCGCCUCGUCUGCUCCAGCCAGAACCGCCUCAAGACGGCAUCCUGGGGGCUGCUGUUCCUGGGUGCCCUGGGCGCGCUCUACUGGCAGUUUGGGCUCCUCUUUGAGCAGUACUGGAGCUACCCGGUCAUCAUGACCGUGUCCGUGCACUCGGAGCGAAAGCUCUUCCCGUCGGUCACUCUGUGUGACAUGAACCCGCACAGGCCGAGCUCAGUCCGCCAUCAUCUGCAGGCACUCGAUCGGUUCGCCCGGGAGAACAUCCGCUCUCUCUACCAAUUCAACUUCAGCGAGGACGGGGAUGUCCCCUUUGCCGACGACCGGGGCCCACAGCCUGCCUCCUACCUGGACCGCGGCGUCCGUCUGCAGAGGCUGAGCCACCCAGGUGGCCAGAGCAGAGUGGGUUUCAGACUGUGUAACAGCACAGGCGGAGACUGCUUCUACAGGGCCUUCUCGUCAGGUGUGACAGCCGCCCGAGAAUGGUACCGCUUCCACUAUGUGAGCAUCUUGGCCCUGCUGCCCGCUGCCCACGAGGACAGCCACCAGAGCCACGGUGGCCACUUUGUCUUCUCUUGCCAAUUCGACGGCCGGGACUGCCAGGCCCGGCACUUCCGGACGUUCCACCACCCCACCUAUGGCAGCUGCUAUACCUUCAAUGGCGUCUGGGCUGCGCAGCGCCCGGGCAUCACCCAUGGAAUCAGCCUGGUCCUCAGGACUGAGCAGCAGGACCACCUCCCGCUGCUGUCCACGGAAGCUGGCAUCAAAGUCAUGAUUCAUGAACGUGACCACACACCUUUCCUGGAGCACCAGGGUUUCAGCAUCCGGCCAGGGACCGAGACCACCAUCGGCAUCCGAGAGGACGAGGUGCGCCGGCUGGGGAGCCCCUAUAGUCACUGCACCGACGGUGUGGAGGGUGUGGGUGGGCAGCUGCUGUACAAUGCCUCCUAUACCCUGCAGGCCUGCCUGGUAUCCUGUUUCCAGCAGCUCAUGGUGGAGACCUGCUCCUGCGGCUACUACUUCUACCCUCUGCCGGCAGGAGCCCAGUACUGCAGCUACUCCCGGCACCCAGCCUGGGGCCACUGCUUCUACCGCCUCUACAGGGACCUGGGGACACACCGACUUCCUUGUGCCUCCCGCUGCCCCAGGUCCUGCAGGGAGUCUUCCUACAAGCUCUCUGCCGGGACCUCGAGGUGGCCUUCCUCCAAGUCAGCUCACCCUGAGGGCUGGGAGGAGCAGUGGCCACAACGAGGCUUCUGUGUGCAGGACUGGAUCCUGGCUGUGCUGGGCAAGCCAGGCCGCAGGAGCUCAAGCCAGAGCAAGAGCCCAAGCCCAAGCCUCAGGAGCAACAUGGCCAAGGUGAACAUCUUCUACCAGGAGCUCAACUACCGAACAGUGGAGGAGACACCCGUUUACUCGGUGCCCGAGCUGCUCUCAGCCAUGGGCAGCCUCUGGAGCCUGUGGUUCGGCUCCUCUGUUCUCUCUGUCCUGGAGCUGUUGGAGCUGCUGCUCGAUGCCGUAGCCCUCACACUGCUACUGGGCUGCCGCCGGCUCCGCAGAACUCGGGUCCCAGACGGGGCAGCCACAGUGGCGUCCCACGCCAAGCCGGAGGCCAGCCCGUUGCCCACUGACUGCAGGAACGACGUUAAUCAUCUGGGGGGCCCUGCUGGCCUCUUCUCCCAUGCCGCUUCUGGGAGCUGUGGCAGGAAUCUUUGCUGAAGAGUUAGGCCAAGUGAGAGCCCCAGCCUCCUGACACCUGAACCAGCCUGAGCUUGUUCUGACCCUGAGGAGUAUGGGAGCGUUGGGCUCUCCUGGCUGCCCAGAGUGAACCAGACCAGCCCCACAGAGCCACCACCAGGCAGCCAAGCCAAGCCCAGGGCCCAGGAAGCAGCAGCACGGAGCCCGCAGGCAGGCAGGCAGGCACCAGGGUGCCCAGCCCAUUGGGCCCUCUCAUCAGCCCAGUGGUGGCCCAGGGGUGGCCUCACUCAAGGAGGCCCAGGGCAGGGGGGAGGGGAGUGUCCCCACCACUCUGGAUUCCUGCGUCUAGUCUGUACGUACCCGUGAGUGUGUGCAUGCAAGGGGGUGGGGGGGUACCUCUACAUGGGAGUGUGCCUGUGUUUGGUGUCACUGUCACGUAAAAACGUAACGUGUGCUCCUGAGUGUGCCAACAUAUCUGUCUACACCUAUGUGUAGGUGUGUGCGGGCAUCAGGCAGAGCCUUCCUUAACUCAGGACAGGUGGAAGGAAGGGUAGGGCCAGGCCAAGGUAACCUUGGUGACCUUGGGCUGCUUUAUAAUAAAACUUGUGAUCUCA